GGUAGCCGGGACUGGGAGAGCAGGGGAGAGCGAUGUGAGGAGUUAGCUGUGGAGCUGCUGACAUCCAGCCCAUGUCUCUGCGCUGCUAGCCGCCUGAUGCCUUCACUCCAUGGCUGCCCGCCUGCCGCUGCCUCGUCGUCUACCCUCCUGUCAGUCCUUGCGGCAGCUCUGAGCUCGCUGGCCAUGCUGGAGAGAGCGGGGAGCGGCAGCCGCCAGCACCUGACAGCGGUGGGCUUCAUCCUGCUAACUUUAUGGGUUCAGGCUUCCCAGUCCACGGGUUAUUUCGAGCUGCAGCUGAACUCUCUGAAGAAUGUCAACGGAGAAUUAUUGAACGGGGAAUGCUGCGACGACGUGAAGAGCUCCCAGAACCAGGACUGCGGCAAGGAUGAGUGUGACACCUAUCUCCGAGUGUGCCUCAAGGAGUUUCAGGCCAAGAUCACCCCCACUGGGCCGUGCAACUACGGCUCCGGACAUACUUCGGUGCUUGGUGGAAAUACUAUAUAUAUGAACAACAGAUUGAGUCUACUGGCUAAAAUCGCCGCCGGAGAGAGCGGCCGGAUUGUUAUCCCUUUCCAGUUUGCAUGGCCGAGGUCUUUCACAUUCAUUUUGGAGGCUUGGGACUGGGAUAAUGACACCAAAGUUGACGAAACGCUCCUGAUUGAUCGUAUUCCCUAUGCUGGAAUCAUCAACCCUGACGACCAGUGGACACCUCUGGUUCUCAACGGCCACGUUGCCCACUUCGAUGUUAAAAUUAGAGUCAAAUGUGACGAAAAUUACUAUGGAGUGAUGUGUAACAAGCUAUGCCGCCCCAAGGAUGACUUUGUCGGUCAUUACACCUGUGACCACAAUGGAAAUAAAGCCUGUAUGGACGGCUGGAUGGGGGCGUACUGCAAGCAAGCAAUAUGCAAGCAGGGAUGUGAUUCACUCCAUGGUACAUGUUCUGUUCCAGGAGAAUGCAAGUGUCACUAUGGCUGGCAGGGCGAAUAUUGCAAUAAGUGUCUUUCAUACCCCGGCUGCCUCCAUGGCAGUUGCCGCUUGCCAUGGGAGUGUAACUGCGAAACCAACUGGGGCGGACUUCUCUGUGAUAAAGAUCUGAACUAUUGUGGAACCCAUCAUCCGUGUCUAAAUGGUGGAACCUGCAUGAACACUGAGCCCGACAAAUACCACUGUGCCUGCACUGAAGGCUACUCUGGGAAGAACUGUGAAAUAGCUGAACACGCCUGUGCUUCCAACCCAUGUGCAAAUGAUGGUGCCUGUCAUGAAGUCUCCUCUGGGUUUGAGUGUCAUUGUCCACCAGGAUGGAGCGGUCCGACCUGUGCUAUUGACAUUGAUGAAUGUGCAUCUAACCCUUGUGCUAGCGGAGGAAUUUGUAAAAACCUUAUUAAUGGAUUUGAGUGCAUAUGUCCUCCGCAGUGGGUUGGGACCACCUGUCAGCUGGAUGCUAAUGAGUGUGAGGGAAAUCCCUGUGUUAAUGCUUAUUCUUGCAGAGAUCUCAUUGGUGGAUAUUACUGUGACUGCAUUCCAGGAUGGACAGGAAAAAACUGUCACAUCAAUGUUAAUGACUGCCGUGGUCAGUGCAAGAAUGGAGGCAUAUGCAAGGAUAAAGUAAAUGGAUAUCGCUGCUCCUGUCCUCGUGGAUUUAUUGGCAAGAACUGUGAGAUAGAAGUGAACGAGUGUGUAAGCAAUCCAUGUCUGAACGGAGGCGUCUGUGAUGACCUGGUCAACGGUUUCCACUGCCGAUGCCUCCCUGGAUUUGCCGGCACCAUGUGCGAGGUGGAUAUUGAUUUCUGCGAUCCGAACCCCUGCCAGAAUAAAGCCCCCUGCUACAACGUAGGCGGCGAUUACUACUGCGCAUGCUCAGACGACUACGACGGCAAGAACUGCUCUCAUCUUAAGGACCACUGCAAAAAUGGCUUGUGCAAAGUUAUAGACAGCUGUACAAUAGCGAUUUCUACUAAUGCCACCCAGGAAGAUAUCCGUUACAUCUCCUCUAACGUCUGCGGGCCUCAUGGACGCUGCAUUAGUCUGCCUGGUGGGAAUUUCACCUGUUCCUGCAAGCGAGGCUUCACUGGUGCCUACUGCCAUGAAAAUAUAAAUGACUGCCUUGGCAAUCCGUGUAGAAAUGGCGGUACGUGCACCGAUGAAAUAGACUCUUUCAGAUGCUUUUGUCCCAGCGGCUGGGGAGGCGAAUUCUGCGACAUCAACUACGACGACUGCAAUCCAAAUCCUUGCCAGAAUGGAGGACGUUGCAUAGAUCUGGUGAACGAUUUCAUUUGCCAGUGUGAAAAUGGAUGGAAAGGCAAGACCUGCCACUCGCGUGAAUAUCAGUGUGACGCGAACACCUGUAGUAAUGGCGGGACGUGCUACGAUACCGGAGAUACUUUCCGCUGCCUCUGCCCAUCUGGGUGGGAAGGAGCCACUUGUAACAUUGCUAAGAACAGCAGCUGUCUCCCCAACCCCUGUGCUAAUGGAGGGACGUGCGUGGGCAGCGGAGAUUCCUUCUCUUGCAUGUGUAAAGAAGGAUGGGAGGGACGUACCUGCACACAGAAUACAAAUGACUGCAAUCCAUAUCCUUGCUACAACGGUGGGAUUUGUAUCGAUGGCAUCAACUGGUUUCGUUGUCAAUGUGCAUCUGGAUUUGCUGGACCAGACUGCAGAAUCAACAUCGAUGAAUGCCAGUCGUCCCCUUGUGCGUACGGUGCCACUUGUAUAGAUGAAAUAAAUGGCUACAGGUGCACCUGCCCUUCAGGACGAGCUGGUCCACGUUGCCAGGAAGUGAUUGGCUUUGGAAGAUCUUGUUGGCAGAAAGGAAUGCAGUACCCCCAUGGAAGCAAAUGGGACGAGGAAUGCAAUAGCUGUCACUGUCUGGAUGGAGUGAUUGACUGUACCAAGGUCUGGUGUGGCAAAAAGCCAUGUCUACUGGAAAAUCGCCGCGAUAAGAGCCAGUGUCCCCAAGAUCAGGAAUGUGAGCCGACUAUCUCUUCUGUAAAGUGCUUCCGACCACCAUGCCAUGAAUGGGGAGAGUGCAGCGCCCCCGACAGACCUCACAUUAUUAAAUGCCUACCAAAUUCAGGCUACCUGGAUAAGAACUGUGCCCGGAUAACAUUAAUAUUUAAUCCAGAAAAAAUUCCACAGGGGACCACAGUUGAGCAUAUCUGCUCGGAGAUCCGGUAUUUGCCUUCCAUCAGGACUGUAUCCAAAGACCAACCACUCGUCGUCUUGUGUGACGAAACGUACUCUGCAGAAAAAGCAGUGGAGGCUACGGUGGCACUCGUCUCGCAAACGGACAAUCAAGACGUCAGUCUCAUUCAGAACGCUGCCAAUACAAUUGUCAGUGCCAUCACCAAACGACUGAACAGUACGGUCAUGCUAGCGGUCACUGAAGUUAAAGUUGAGACAGUCGUGGUGGAUAGGUCCAGUUCAGAUUACCUCGUCCCGGUGCUCUGCGUUGUGUUCGGCAUCGUCUGGGUGACGUGUAUCAGCAUCUGUGUCUGGUGGACGCGUAAGCGAAGAAAAGAGCGAGAGAGACGGCGAGAGCCUCGCCCAGCAGAAGAAGAAGUAAAUAACCAGCGCCAACCUUUAAAUCCAAUAUGGAACCCAAUAAGGGUGCCUUACAGAGACAUUCAGUAUGAAUGCAAAAAUCUCCUUCAUAUUCAAUUAAGAACUUCUGGUGCAGAAGAGGGGGUGAAAGAGGACAUGGUGGACAAGGAGGAGGACACUGAGGAGGACGAUUGCCUCCCUCAGUCAUACACAAAGGCUUACACAAGCGUAGGGGACAGUGACUGCUCGAAAAGCAAACCGCAUCGGACAAGUGCCGACAAAGUGGACAACAGAUGUGUAAAAAAUGUGAACGCACCACACUGAAGGAAGCGGAGUAUCUGUACACAUGGAGAGGACAGCGUUACCUAAGCUGAGAACGGGACGAGGAGAGACACAGAAUUCAUCUCCAAUAGAAUGGCCCUUCCACCAUUUCUUGGCGUCAUGGGCACAUUCCUUGGCAAUAAUUGCCAGGUCCUUCCCAACCCCCCCGCCCCCUCUGGACAAGUGGUUCAGGACUAAAGUCUGGACUCCCGAUUUCUUUAUAUAAUGUAAAAAUGUUAACUUUUUUUUUUCUAUUCGUUGCUGUAGUCUUUCUAUAAAUUAUUUGUGACUCUAUAUAUAUAUAUAUAUAUAUAUAUAUAUAUAUAUAUAUAUAUAUAUAUAUAUAUAUAUAGAAAAAGGCAAAAAAAGAGAAGUUCUUUGAUAGUUGCUAUUUUUAUAAAGUUUGCUUUAAAACCUCUUAAGUCAAGAGGAGACGAAAGGUUCUCUGUAUUUUCAUUUAUCAUGUAAGAUUUCUUAUGCAAGGACUGUACAGUUGUUUACAAGAUGUAUUUUUUUUGGUUUAAGGUUUAUAAUUUAAUGACUACGUCCAUCCCUCCAGGUCGAGGAAAAGAAGUGACUUAAACUUUUUUUUUUUUUUUUUUUUCUUAAACCAAACCUCCCUCCCUUCCUCCCCACUUUCCUGUCUCUGUCCAGUGUUUUUUCAAUGUCUGGUUAACAAGAUGGCAGAAAAAAAAAUAUAUUCCACUCCCAGCUCUUGCAUAGAUCUUCAUUCUCUUUGCUUCCAGCACUGGUCCCCAACAAACGUUUUUGCCUUACUUGUCUUUUAAUAGGCACAGCAUUAAUGCGACACAGCGAUCUGAGUCGUGUUGUUUUUUUUUAUGGUUAAUUUUAUUGUUUCAUGUGUUAUUUUAAUUUUAGGAUUGCAGUAUUGAUGUAUGUGACAAGUGCCUUGAGAUUAAACUUUUUUUUUUUUUUUUAGCAACUGUCAAAGACUACCUUCUGCUUCAGAUAUAUUACGGGCAGAGCGCUAGGGUCCUCCUUUAUAGAGACAUUUAUUUUAUUUUUUUGUUCUCAUUGUAAACAUAUGGUUUGUAAAUAUGUAUAUAAUUGAAGGAAUCGCUCUGUAUAUUUGAUUUAUUAACACUAUUUCUGAAUUUUCUUCUGUUCUUGUCAUGCCAUUCCUUUUUAAUUUAUGGUUCAGAAGGGAGGUUUUAUGUUUUUUUUUUUGUUUAGUUUUUUUUAUAAAAUAUCUAGAUUCAUUAAGGAAAAGUAAAAACCUAACUUCACUUAAAGCCUUUCAAUUCUACUUUGGCUCUAUUUAAAGGGCUUGUACCAAAUUAGACAAUAUGGCCGCCUUCCUCUACAAACAGCAAAACACCUGUUUACGAGUUGUCUGCAGUUGCAAUUCGGCCCCAUUCAUUUCAAUGCAGCAGAGCUGCAAUACUGCACACAGCCAGAUGUAAGCAAUGUUUUAUUUUAUUUUUUUAAAUGGAAGAAAGCGGCCAUUUUUCAAAUCCUAUAAGCCCAGGAUCCCACUCCUUUGCCCAUGUCUUGCACCCUUAGGCUAUUUUCACAUUUGCGACAGAUAGAUCUGGCAGGCUGUCCUGGUCGAGAACAGCCUGCUGGAGUGGACCCUACUGACUAUAAUGGGGUCCGACAGAGACCUGGCCGUUAUCCAGCAAAUAUGUUUUUUGUCUGGCUGUAACACCCAGUCGCAGGUGUGAAAGAAGCCUUAGGUAUGGCGUAUUGUUUGGCAAGGUCCCUACACUGUUGAGCUGGAAGUCCAUUGAUUAUUUUCUUUCGCACAGUCCUAAAUUUUUGGUCAAAUAUGGGUUGUAUGAGAUUAGAAAAAAGGGAAACUAAAAAAAAAAGAGCCACUCUUCCCCAUGGGCCAUAUCUGGUAAUGCAGAUCAGCCCCAUUCACCUAACUGUCCCUAUGACCCUAGGCUGCAAUACUAGACACUGGCCAUGGACAAGACACUAUGGCGUGGGGAAGAAAAAAAAACUAAACAUUUUUCUUCUAAUCUCACCCAACGACCAACAUCUUGGCCUCCUUACAGUGUAGCAUGGAGGGGGAUACUCCCUUGAAGUUGGGCUUUAAGCGAUGUUAGGAGUUGGGUCUGUUGUGCCUAUGCUGUGACACAUAGUUAGACUGGGGUAUGUAGGAUAAAAAGAACUAUAUGAGCCCAUGUGAUCUGGUCUUUGAUGGGUGGGGGUGGACUUGGCUCAGAAUGGGGGGGGGGGUGAUGUCACAGAGAUGGUUGUUGUUUUUUUUGUUUUUGUGAAGCUGUUAGUUCGUUGUGGUGAUGCAUUAUGUUUCGUUUUAAUAUGACAAGCCUAAUGAAGGGAACAAUUUUAUUUUAUUCAUUUUUCGUUUUCUCUAAAGAAAUAAAAGGGCAAAAAAGGCAGCAAACGCAAUAGGUUGAAUUACCUCACGAAAACACGGCUGUUCGUACAUAAGGCUUCAGCAGUUAUUUUUGUAUUUUUAUUUUUUUUAUAUAAAGGCUUUCUUAUUACAUAGUAUGUCAAGCUGCUUCUUCGUUUUCUCUCCUUUAACGGUAGCAUCCGUGUAAAAGCAACAUCCAUCCGUACUGACGGAUUACCAAUGGGAGGUGGGGGGGGGGUCUGAAAGUGUAAACUCUGGCCAAUGACCAUGAAUGCUUGAAAAUAAUUAAUUUUAUACAAGAAUGCAAGAAUUGCUUUAGCAGGAUCUCAUUCUGUUUAGUGCAUUUUGGUUGACAUGUUCUUAAAAAAAUGUUUCAGAAAAAAACUAUUUAUUAAAGCAUUUUAUAACAAUGUUAAAA